AUGGUGCUGCCAGUGCUGGUGCUGUUCCCUUCUGGGGAGACCGCUUUGCAGCGAGACCUGUCGGACACAACCAGCACCAAGGAACUACAAGAGAUUUUGGCAGUGGAGCUACGAGACGCCCAUGCCUGGCAACUGGAGCUGAUCCACGAUCAAGGGAUGUUGCCGAAGACCGCGAUCCUGGCUGACGCUUAUUUGCCGCAGGAUCGCGAGGCUGGACGGCAGAUGGAGCUACAACUCGUGAGACGUGCACGGCAGGAGUACGAGCCGUACCAGCCAUCGCUUAAAGUGUCGGAGGGCGAGCUGUCCUCGGUACCAAAGGUGACGCUCGUUUUCUAUGGCGUUGGCUUUCAUGCCUUAUCGCAACUCUUCAUGUCCAUCAAGCGAUUUGCCAUCCGCGGCUCCUAUCAAGGUCCUUCCAUGGGCGGGCACGAGACAUGUACGGUGCAUUUCCAACGCUCAGAUCAGAAGACAAUACGACUUGAGCUUCGUCACCUACUUCCAAAACAGGAGGGGCGUCUUCCCGAUUUCUUCUUCGAUGGUGCUGAUGGCAUUCUGCUGCCCUUCAGCUUGCACUACAGCAGCUCUUUUGAUCAGGCUCUAGCGUCCAUGCGUUACAUCGACUCCUUGGAGACAUUGGACGCAAGGAAGAUACAGCGGGUCUUGUUGGGCACACAUUUGCACAUGCACGGCAAGAGCCGCGAAAUUACAUCCAGAGAAGCCUUGCAGGUUGCUCACAGCCGUGGCUAUUCGUAUCACGAGGUUUUUUCCAACUCGCUUCGGAACAUGGAGGACUUCCGGGGCGCUGGGCACAAGGAGGCCACCAUUUUGGAGCGUUUUCUGAUGGGAGAAUUGUAG